UUGGCAGGACGGAUCAAUCCCGUUGUGAUAUACACGCGUUUCAUUAUCAUCGGUGUUCAUUGGCUUAUGGAUCCUUUUUCGUCGAAGUUUAACGCAAAGGAAACUUUGACAAAAUUUGUAGUACCAGAUGGUGACUCAGAACUGUUUGAAUCGGUUGAUGACUUAGAACAACAUUUAAUUCAAACGAAUGUGGAAUUAGUGGAAGAACUUAGAGGUUUGGAAUCCCAGAAAGAAGCAGCAAAGAAUUUACCAAUGGGAUCUGCCAGGGAAGCUAGUCUAGCACGACUAUGUGCGAAGAAAGGACGGAGUGUCACUGAACCUGCUGUAGAACCGUACAAAUUGGACAAGCAUGCAAGUGACGAUAGCGAAAUCAUUGCUCGUUCCGGACCACUAGAUCGGUUGGAAGAAUAUGUGAAAAUGCAAUCUCGAGUUUGCAUCAUAUUGCGAGGAAGGAAUACCGCAAACAGCUUCAUUACAGGAAUAAUCGUGUCAUGCGAUAAACACUGGAACUUACUAGUAAGAGAUGCUGUCGAGUGCUUUAAACCUUCUGUCAGGAUGAAACGACGGACCAGUCGCUGUAUGCAUUAUAAGCCGCAUCCGUACCAUGAAAGCCAUUACAAAGAUUGGAAAGGUAAAACAAAAACGAUACUACAACGCCAACUGCCAUUUUCCUUUAUACGUGGGGACGAUGUUGUCUUGAUAAAAUAUUCUUCACAAACAGCACAAUAA